AUGACUCUUCAGUUGGAAGGAAGAGUUGUCGGUUGGACUGAAUUCGUGAGCUGUCCUCAUCGGAAACCGAAUGAGAAUUGUUUAAGAGUAGAAGCAGUUCAAUUGCGAUACGACAUCUUCGACUUAUUCUCCUGCAACUUCAAUGAAUCUUUGUUGGACUUUCAUCCUUCGUGGGGCAGACAUCGUCAGAGCGAGAAAUGGUCUUUCACGAAACAGCGCACGAAUACACUAAACCAAUGCACACUGGAGAAGUGGGUUGACCUCGUUGUCGCAACUCGGUCUUGUUGUCAGGGCGACUUAGCAGAAUGCACCGAGUCCGAAGUCGUCGGCCAUAGUAGUUGUCAUGAUUCCCAGCAUCAGAGAAUAAGAAUACUCACUGAUGCUGCCGAUUACGAUGUCGGCGAAACGUUUAAGAAUGUACCAAGUCCACUGUCUGAUGCUGGGAAUCAUGACAACUAA